CGGGCGAAGGAGAUCCGCGCGCGGAGGCGGACGAUGAUGUACGCCUGCCGCCAGUGGUCGGAGGGCGUCUGCGGAUACGAUGCGAUCGACGAGGUCGACGAGGUCGAGCCGCACUCGCAUUAUGGCGACGACCCGUCCCCGAACUACGAAGAGCACCAGCGGGACCAACGCGCAGGCGCGCACGCCGCGUCCGGCCUUCUCUUCGACGAAGACGCCCAGCUGCACUUCGCGCUCGCCGACCCAUGCUUCCACACGCCCUCGCUCCCGCCGCUCCCCUCCCGCUCUCGCCCGCUCCCCCACCCGCGCCCGCGCCCCGCCCUGCGCGCGCCGGUGUCUGCGUCCGCGAACACGCUCACGUUCCUCGCGCUCGCGUCUCCCACGACGACUGCGCGCCCCGAGGACUCGGUGCACUUCUUUCCGAUCCCGGCCAACCGCGGCUCGAGCUCCGAUGCGCCCGCGAGCGCGGGGUUCGGCCUGGGGUGGAAGAGGAUCGCGAACAGGCUGGUCGGAGGCGCGCGGUCGCGGUCGCGGCGCGAGUGAACGGCACCGCCCGUGCUGACCUGUCCCCGCCUGCUUUCUUGUCGCCCCGCGCUCGCUGUGUAGAUUUUGGAUCGGCCCGCCUCGGGGCCCUGCGCCGGCACAGGGCACCUUCUUUUCCCUCUGUCACGCUUCUGCUCGCUUCCCCGCCGUCCCGCAGACGCUCAUGUCCGCCCAUCGCCCAUAUCUGUUCAUCAUCUCACCUCAUCUCCACCCUCAUCUUCAUGCUCCUCCAUCGGGCCGUCGCUCGUCAUCCUCCUUCCUUACUUUCUUUUACACGACACGCCCUCUUACGACCGCGAGACGACCCGCACGACCUAUCCCGUCCCGCCAUACCGCGACUGCGGCUGUUGUACCUAAUAUAAUACAUACCCUCCGCCCCCUCCUUUUCUCUCCCCGCCCCCCACGCUCGAUCUCCACAGCAUCCAACACCCGUAUAUACAUGCUCCCCCGUUCCCGUCUCUUUCCCAUCCCGACCGUCUCUCCCGGUCGACGUGUACAUCCCAUCUCCAUCCCCACCUGCAUCCAUACAUCCCAUCCACGUCCUCGCUCUCUGCCCUCUCCUUUGACCUCCCUGCGCUCUUUCACUCUGUGUAUGCGUGUAUCGCGACGGCCCCAUUUGUGCUCAUAUAUCUUCAUCUCCUUUUUUAUUUUCCUUUUCCUUUCUUUGUGCCUGUACAUAUAACGCAGCGGCUGGCGAGCUCGUCAAAAUGCAGCAUCCCACAUCUUCCAUAGACCACGUAUGGCAUGCCCCUGCCGAUGGCCCGUUUAGUCCAGUUCAAUUCAGUUCGAUUUAGUUGGCGCUGCCGCGGUUACUGACGUCUAUGUAUAGUAUAUUCAUACUUGCGGAGCGGUGCUAAUAGAUACGGCGGGGUCGGCAUCUCCACCUCUUCCUCUCCCUGAGCCGUUCUUGGACUGGCAUGCGCGCAGCAUGUGAACGCGGAUGCUUUUGUUGGGCCGUCCAGCCGCUUCCGGCUUGUCGCUCAUCGGUGCGUAUGCGGAGGGCAUGCGCAUGUAGGGAAAGGGGGCGUAGAUAGCCAGCAGUCGCAAGACGUGAUGAUCAGGAGUCAGGACAGCGACCUGAUCAGAUGGUCGAUGACGGCUUCCCAUCCCAUCCCAAUCCAUCCCAAUACAACAGCGAACGGAAACAUGUCGUGCGUUCUCGUAGCGCGCCGCUGUGGCGCCUGUGGCUGUUGACGGCAGGCGUGAUCGCGCACGCGUCGUAUUUGGGACGACAGUGAUGAAGCUGAAGAACACUGCAAAGCGGCCUCCUCAAGCAAGUUGCGAGCGCAUACGCGCUAGCCGCAUCGAGCAUGCAUCGAUGCGUCCCCGCAGGUCCCCGCCCGCCUACCUUCUCCUUCCCCGCACGCUCCGGCGGCGCGCAUCCACCCGCGAACCAGACCAACGACCCGACCGACCGAGGGAUGCAUCCUGGCCCCGAAUACGUACGUAGCCUGUGACGCAGCCACUACGUACUCCGACCGGUGACGAGUCAAGUCAUAACAUGGUGGACAUGCCGAACGCGGUGUCGGACCGACGCCAAACGCGAAGCGCAGUUUGCCGUGGGCAGACCCAAGCCUGCC